UUGCUAUUGAAACUGAAACCAGCAAGAAUACAUGGCUUCUUCGUCACAAAACUCACCGACAACAACAGAAAAUAGACAUGGUUUGCAAGAACAGGCAAAUAAGUUAUAUACAAACAGGAAAGUUUUCCAGGAUCUCAUUCAUGGAAAAAUAGAGUUACAUCCGGUGUGUGUUCGUAUAAUUAAUACACCGCAAUUUCAUCGUCUCCGACACAUCAAACAAAUAGGGACCUGCUAUUAUGUGUACCCAACUGCCUGUCACAACCGAUUUGAGCAUUCUAUAGGUGUAUGUUACCUGGCUGGGAAACUGGUCCGAAAACUAAAAGAGCGGCAGCCAGACGAAAAUAUAACAGACAUCGACAUCUUAUGCGUAGAAAUCGCCGGACUCUGUCAUGAUCUAG